AAGAUAAAAAAAAUCAUGGGGUAAGGGAAGUUGGACACUGGCAGGUGUAAGUGAUGGAAGGAGUCAUUUAGCGAGUCAAAGACGUGGCAAAUGGGAUUCUGAUGGUAAAAAAAUCCUUAGGCAACUCAGUGAAGAAAUUAUUGAGAUUUGAGAUCAAACAUCACAUAGAUUUCAGAGAUUUUCAAUGGCAGCCGAAGAAGGCAAAACAGCAGAUGCACAGUUUUUCCACCUCCUUUCCAAUCUACUCCAUCAGGUAGAAGCAUUGACUAACCAGGAAGAAGUUGAACUGCGUUCGAAAAUCGAAGCCCUUGGAUUGGAGGUUACAAAAGUUCCUUCCAAGUCUACACACAGCCUUGAUGAGCUGGAAAUUGCGAGAGAGUUGGACAAGUUAUCGGCUAAGUUAGACGGUGUGGAUGAGAUGAUAUCCUCAGCCAUGGCAGCAGACCCGCAGGUGCGAUCCCUUUUGAGUGGCACUGCUGAUUUAUGGAUGCCGGUUAUUACUGCCAAUGCUGAUGAGCGACGCAAUUUGGCUGCAUCAAUCAGUACUGAUAAUAACCCUCUUGGCAACAAUGAAGACGACAUCAAACCUGACAAUUGAUGUUUCACCGAGGCUUCGAACUUCAAAAACAAUAGUGUUGCUCAUGUUGGAACUAAUGGCUGCUCUUCUUCUUCCUCUUGAUGCUGUUGAUGAUGAUGAUGAUGAUGAUGAUGACCAGCUUCAUUGUUUUUUUUACCUCAUGGGCGAGAUAAUAAUCUGUUAGAUAUAGAGUAAGGGACUUUGUUUAUUAGUUUAAAUUUUAUUCCUUUCUUUUUAUUCCUAAUUAGUUUAAUUAAGGAUCAUCACACGUUGCUGCUGAUAUAUAACCUGGGAUAUGUUUUCUUUU